AUGACUUUCAAGCGACUCCGAUCGUCCUUGGAGCAAAGUUUAAAGACCGCAACACGUUCUAAAGCAAAAGUCCUGCCACCUGCUGAUGACUUUGCAGCUGUCUCCGUCAAGGGUAAAUGCAAGGAAGAAGAGCCUGAGAACAACGUUGCUGUGAAAGGGCAGGAGACUGAUAAGAUCCUGCCCGGCAUGCUGAGGCGAUUGGAAUCAAGGGUAGGACUACGCAGAACUGCACGGGUGUCUACAUCGACAUCGAUCCCCCUUGACGCAAGUCACGCCAACGCGAUUGGAGCGCCUUCUGUCAGUGGUAAUAACGCGGAUGUAGUCACCAAGUCACGCCAGGCUGGAUUCACGAGUUUUGCUACCCCAUCCCUGUGGCAAGCAACUGUGUCUUCGCCUGUUCUCCAUCUCUCAUCCCAAAAUUUGCCGUCGGGUCCGUCGCAGCCUACAGCGAUGGCGCCAUUAUCAAAUACAGGCCCUAUCACACCUGCACGCGAUCGCACGCGGCGCGUCAGUGUUCAGCCCAUUAAGUUCAAGGACAUUAGCGGUCCUCAGCCAUUAGCAAUGCGGCAUGACCACCGCAGUGGCGCUGCAAUGCCUGACCGCCCUGGUGCGGCCUCCCCUCGAGGAAGUAAACCUCGUCCAUCUCCAGUUCUCUCUACACCAAGGGGACGUUCGUCAAUUGACGUACCCAGGCGGAGCCAUGAUUCGCCAAGCCCGCCAGGCACCCCGACACCCCCGUCUGGCUCCCGAGGGCGGUUCGGCGACCUGUCCAGAACGCCCGUAGCUGCGAAUGCAACUCACCUGCCUCUUCACAGCAGUCCACCUUCCUUUCCCACUCCCAAUCGUGCUGUGAGCCCUGCACGCGCAAGGACACCUCUGAAACAAGCAGUGGUUCCUCCAUCGUAUCAGAGGUUUACUUCGGCGUCGGCAUCUCAUCUUCCUUUGAAUUCCUCCAGUCCACCGGCGGUAUCAACUCCAGCCCGUAUACCUUAUGUAGAUGCACCAAGGAGACCCUUAGUUGACGCACCACGGAGAGGCUCCAUUGACGUGCACAGGCGACCCACGGCCUCCCCCGUGCCUCGAGCAUGUUCUCCUCAGUCUACAGUGCGUCCACGUGCUACAUCACCUUCUCAGCGCACGCCCGCGUGCGCCCAGAAUCGCUUCAAUAUCUCAACUGCUUCCCUUGUCUCUCCUUCCACUCCAGAGCAGCGUGAGGUUAUACGUGCUGCAACUUCGCUUCUUUGCAAAGAAUUACGGAAAGCGCCAGCGCAUCUUGCACGCGGUGAUGCACAGAAAGAGUGGGCGGAAGUGGAAGUGCGCUUGCAGCCCUUAAUCAGGCUUGAACGCGUUUUUGGGAAAAGUGGCGGUGCAGGUACCAGUUCUGGCCAGGUUCCUGGUGGCGUCGGUUCCGUCGUGCUCAGCUCUGCUGGGGAGGAAAGAGAAAGGAAGCUCUUCUGCGAGGCCCUUCGAGAUGGCGUUGUUCUAUGCCAGCUGAUAAACAAGCAUUUCUCUGGGACCAUAACUCGUAUCGACCAUCGUGAAGAUGGUUUGAAGCAAACCAGCAACAUCACCCGGUUCAUUGCUGCAUGCUCGCAACAUGGUGUCCCUUCCGACGACAUUUUCUAUCGUGACGACCUCGUCCAGGCGACUCCAGAAACUCUUUGCCGUGUCGCAUGUACCAUCAUUUCGUUGAUCAAACUUUCUGAAGACCCCGGAGUCGGUCGUGCCAAGGUCAUCACCGGUCAAGGCAGGAAAGGUGCCAUCGUAGCCUCAAGCAACGAUCCUAACUCCCCAGCGAUUUCUUGCGCUUCUUCCACACCGAAUCUGCUGCCACGACCAGUCUCGCCAACUUCUCCUUCAGGUCCAACUCGCAGAGCGCGGAGUCCACAUGAACGAUCGCUUCUCCCAGUGCGACCUGAUAGUCCGCAAUCGGGAACGUCCGCUAGCACGGCUAAGAGAAUCCCCAUCAUUGAUAGAAACACGACACCGGCUAGUAACAGCGAUCAUGGAGUUGACAAAGUUCCCCCUAUUCAGAGUCCAUCUCCAACCCCUAGAUCUCCCUUUUGGGCGCACUCUCGAUCUGGACUGCCAGAUGAUAGUAGCGUUAGCCCUCUGUCCAGCCUUCAGCCACUCGAUAUUCCCUUCCCUCAAUCACCCACUUCACAGUUGUCCAAUCCGUACACAGCGGGUUGUGAUGCAGACUUUCCCCCACGACAAUCGAGAACGUCUAGCAAUCUCACUGAUAACACCGCCCUCUCCAGCAUCUUUGACAUCAGACGAGUGAGCAGUAGCAACCAAAACAAGUUUGGCACCAUCAGGACUUUCACAACUGAGGCAACCUCUUGCUCUGAGGCACCCUCGUUCACUCGAACGGAGGCUAGCUCGGUGGCGGCGCUCAUGGCAGAAGAGAUGAGCAGGAGACGAGGUAUUGGGGAGCCUGCGCCUCGGUCGAGGGAGCGACGCCCGAGCGAGCCAGGUGUACUUGAUCUGGUUAGCCUCGCAGAGGAAGAGGAGAACAGUGCCUGUGGGUCGAGCUCUAAUCACCAUCAGAAAGAGAGUUUACAACCUGGAGAACCCUCGCGGGGGCAGGAAACGGAAGCACAGGUUCGUGUGCGGCUCGGCAAAGGCAAGUGGCCCGACGAUUUUCUGGACGCUUUCAAGGCACAAGCUCCAAGUCCAUCUCAAGCAAUCCCCAUUGCAACAUCAUCAAACCGUGUAGAUGCGCCAAUUAGCUCCAGUCCUCCGUCUGUAUCCCCAACUAGAAAGCCUUCCAUUGUUGGGUCAUCGCGUCACAACGACAGCACAGAGUCCAGAGUCCGGAGGCCAUCUCAUCGGUCAAGCCAAAGUGCUGAUGUCCUGAUGCCGAGGAAUUCAGUGCUCCGUUUGGAUACCGAGAAUUCACCAGGCUCCAAAGUCAUUCUGCGUCGUCAGAGUACACGGAAUGGUGUUCGCAGAAAUGGGGUUUACUAUCCUCGCAAUAGUACCGACGAUCCUGGGACCCCAAAAGAUGAUAAUCCUCAUAUUGUUCCAUUCCCGUGCGCCGUGUCAGAGGAACAUGCUGCUCGUGCCACACCAUCUCCCGAUCCUACUGCCAAGGGUGAUGUCACAAAUAACCAGGAUGCUCCCCGUGUGCGCGGUCGCUUUCAAAGUGAUGUUGAAGAUCACCGAGCUCGAAGAUGCAGUCGUCCGACGUCGAAUGAUGAGUUGGGCAGACCGCGGAGGUCGCGAUAUGAAAGCAUGGUCAAUCUAGGGGCAGCCUCCACGAAUGCAAGUGCGAGCGACUUGCUAUCAAGGGACUCCGGUGACGGAUCCAGCGCUAUACGACAGACCAUAACAGUCAAGGAAGAAGGGAAGCCUGCAACUCAUUUUCAACUCGGAAAUUGCAUCGGCCGCGGACAGUUCGGCACAGUCUAUCGGGCUCUGAAUCUGACAACCGGGCAAAUGGUGGCAGUUAAACGAAUCCGAUUGGAAGGUCUGAAAGAGGACGAAGUUGCACAGCUUAUGAAGGAGGUAGACUUGAUGAAAAGGCUGUCACACCCAAGUAUUGUGAAGUAUGAAGGGAUGGCUCGAGAUGAACAAUACCUCAACAUCGUUCUUGAGUAUGCUGAAAGUGGCUCAUUGGGCCAGAUGCUCAAAGCUUUUGGCAAGUUGAACGAGCAUCUUGUAGCGGGCUACGUUGUCAAGAUUCUCGAGGGCUUGCAUUACUUGCAUUGUUGUGAUGUUGUCCACUGUGAUUUGAAAGCCGCCAACAUCCUCACUACGAAGACGGGGAAUAUCAAGCUCUCUGAUUUCGGCGUUUCCCUGAACCUCAAGGCCAUAGAACGAGAGAGGGACGUUGCUGGUACCCCGAACUGGAUGGCCCCAGAGGUCAUCGAACUCAAGGGAGCUUCAACGAAAGCUGACAUUUGGUCGUUGGGAUGCACAGUUGUCGAACUUCUUACUGGACGUCCGCCAUUUGGGGAUAUCACUAACACAAUGACAGUCAUGUUCCGUAUUGUCGAGGACGAGAUGCCGAUUCCUGAAGAAUGCUCCGAACCGUUGAAGGACUUCCUUCAGCAGUGCUUCCAGAAGGAACCCUCGAUGCGACCUGAUGCUGAGCUAUUGUGCGAGCACCCCUGGUUGAAGAAAAAUUGGGAUGCCCUCAAGGAGCUUCGUCCCCAGGACAGCAUACCCUUUCUCCGGCGUGUUAGCACUGAGUUACAAAAGACUGACCUUGCAUACGUUGCAUCUGUGGAUAUAAACAGAAUCGAAUCGCCCUUCUCGGUAGCCUCAGUUCAAGAGGAGCCGUCAGAGUCUCCCAGGCGCAGAUUAUCCAGUGGACCGUCUUCGCCAAUUUCGCUUCCGCAGCACACCUCAUUCACCCCUAGGGAUCACUCCUUUAUCAAGACCACCUUUGGGAAACCUAUGGUCUGCAGUGUGUGCAUGGGAAGUAUCAAAAGGAGUGCCGUCAUUUGUGACAAGUGUAAUCUCAUCACUCACUCAAAGUGUGCUCCUGAAGCUCCUCCCACAUGUGACCUCCGCUUUCAACUGCUACUUUACGCACAGCACGCCGAACAGGGAAAUCCCGCUGGUAUCCCACUCGAUGGAUCGAAUGGAUUGCAUCCUCCUCGUCCAUCGACGAUUAUUCCUUCUGAAGUUUCCUUCGUUACACCUUCUCCACGACCAAGCUUGGACGUCACGCCAUCACCUACUUCUUCCAACGUCCACAAGCUUAUUAAUCCUUUCAAGCGCUCUCGUUCUUUCCUAGCAACAGAGAAUAAGCCUUCUCCUUUAGCAUCACCGUCACCGAUUUCUCAGCCUCUGCCUCACGAUGAUGUCACUCCGAAGCGGAAACCCUCUAUGCUCUCGUCAAAUACGAUCUCCAACGAACGACCUCAUUCGUUGUCAAGUAAUAGUACUGCCCCCAAUGCCGGUAGCAUGAAGAUGGCUGACAGCCAGUCCAGCCGUCAAGAACCGGGUCGUAAAUCAUUCCCUUCAAUAGUCGAGCCCGAAACAGAUACAAUUCCACCGCCAGUCCCUGAGAAGAAACCAUUUUAUGCCCAUGCGACCGCCACUGUCAAUGAUCGUAUGGCUACCUCAUCACGUCACUUUCCAAGCACAAUGCCCAACGAAGCUGACCGUCACAAAAAACGGGCAGCAGAGAAAUCGUCAGGGUGCACUAUUCAGUAA